AUGACGGCCGAGAGCCGGCCGCCGCCGCCGCAGACCGAGGCGCUGGCGGCCGUGAAGGAGGAGCGCGGCGAGCCCGCGAGCGGGGUCCCGGCGGAGGCCGCGGGGCGCGGCGCGGGCGGGCGUCGGCGCAAGCGCCCCCUGCAGCGCGGAAAGCCGCCCUACAGCUACAUCGCGCUCAUCGCCAUGGCCAUCGCGCACGCGCCGGAGCGCCGCCUCACGCUGGGCGGCAUCUACAAGUUCAUCACCGAGCGCUUCCCCUUCUACCGCGACAACCCCAAGAAGUGGCAGAACAGCAUCCGCCACAACCUGACGCUCAACGACUGCUUCCUCAAGAUCCCGCGCGAGGCCGGCCGCCCGGGCAAGGGCAACUACUGGGCGCUCGACCCCAACGCCGAGGACAUGUUCGAGAGCGGCAGCUUCCUGCGCCGCCGCAAGCGCUUCAAGCGCUCGGACCUCUCCACCUACCCGGCCUACAUGCACGACGCGGCCGCCGCCGCCGCCGCCGCCGCCGCCGCCGCCGCCGCCGCCGCCAUCUUCCCGGGCGCCGUGCCCGCCGCCCGCCCGCCGUACCCGGGCGCCGUCUACGCGGGCUAUGCCCCGCCGCCGCUCGCCGCGCCGCCCGCGGUCUACUACCCCGCGGCGUCGCCGGGGCCGUGCCGCGUCUUCGGCCUGGUGCCCGAGCGGCCGCUCAGCCCUGAACUGGGCCCCGCGCCGUCGGCGCCCGCGGGCUCCUGCGCCUUCGCCCCGGCCGGCGCCCCCGCCGCCCCCGCCGGCUACCAGGCCGCGGGCUGCGCGGGGGCGCGACCCGCCAACCCCGCCGCCUACGCGGCCGCCUACGCGGGCCCGGACGGCGCGUACCCGCAGGGGGCCGGCGGAGCCCUCUUCGCGGCGGCGGGCAGGCUGGCGGGGCCCGCGUCGCCCUCCGCGGGCGGCGGCGGGGGCGGCGGCGGCGGCGGCGGCGGCGGCGGCGGCGUGGAGCCCGCGGUGGACUUCUACGGGCGCACGUCGCCCGGCCAGUUCGGAGCGCUGGGGCCCUGCUACAAUCCCGGUGGGCAGCUCGCAGGGGGCGGCGGAGGCGCCUACCACGCCCGCCACGCGACGGCCUAUCCUGGCGCGGUGGAUCGGUACGUGUCAGCCAUGUGAGCCCAGCGCACGGUCCACAGCUGACAGUCGCCUCGGCCGCCCCCACGAGCCGAGUAUGCCCGAGACCUGAGAACUGGAGGAGGACUGAGAGCCCUGCGGACGGGACCGGUGCAUCACAGGCAGCCGGUUCGCCUUGGAAAUGGGUGGCGGUGGGGAGGGGCAGUGGUGGCCCGCGGCGCGGACGGGGACAGAGGGGCCUCAAUAAGGCGAAGCUCCAAAGGACGUGCCUUUCUGACAUUCUACUGGGGAGGGUCCCUGGCGGUACUGGCGCGGCCUAGUGCCUACACCGGAGUCUAGGACCCAAAGUGUGGGGAAUCACGUCUUCACUCUUCACUCUAACCUGUGUUGCAAGAACGCAGGGCCUUUUUGACACGGUUCGGCCUCUUGUGCCUUUGAUUAGGUUACCAACAGCAUCUUCCUUAAGGUGAGGAGGAUGAGUUUGCAACAACAACAACAAAAAAGUGACUUCCCUUCUUUAAAAAACAAAACAAAAUGGAAGAAGUCUCUCUGCUUCGCUUGACCUGGGGCUGGUUUUCCCUGCCUCUGAGAACUGCAGACCCAGCUCUUAGUCUGGACCUCAGCCCCACAUCGCUACCCAGUUUCCAUCACCCACACCCCGUUUCCCCAUGUGUUAUACAAGAGGGCUGCAGGAUUCAACCCCGGUCCUUAAGGGCCUCAUCAUCCUCCAUGCAGCCCUGCAUAUUUGGCAGCAUCCGGUGGGCCACCCAGGGCCUAACCUUAUUCCCAAGAACCGGAACAGAGCUCAUGGCAAGCACCUAACCUAAAGUCGCUGGAUUGGUUCCAGGCAGCAAUUAUGUUAUAAUUUCUCGAAUCUUUUGAGCAUGAUGUGCUGAUCAUUUGGUAGCUGUUACUGCUAGGUCAUAAUUUGGUUUUCCAAUGAGACAGGUAAAAAUAAAUUUAUCCACUGUCCACUCUUUGAUUUCAUUAAGCAACCCUGGACCAAAUUGGCAAACUAAAAUACAAAGAGAUGACAGGACUCGGGGGAGCUCUUUGAGGACCGGUUUCAGUUUGUUGAGCUGGCUCUUCCCGUCUCUGGCACCCUCUACCAUACGAAAAGGAAAGAGAAAAAUUAAUUGGGGUUGUCAGUGAAGUAAGCUUUAGAAAGAAACUGGAUUUUUAACUUUGUUUUGUAUCCGUUUAUUUUAAGCAUCAAGCUGACCAAAAUCAGAGAAAAUCCAACCUCUUUCUCACCUUUCUCUUGAGAAAUCUUGUAAGUUUUUAUCCUGUAGUGAAAUUUUCCAGUGUUCAGAGGCUCGGUGUGCAGCUUUCAGAUCAACCUGAGGGUUCAGAUGAACUGUUUUAAUAAAAAUCUUUGAUCAAGUGAGUUCUGGCAAGAGAAACUCAGCCCCUUUCUGUGUAGUUAACUUGACAGGGAAGGGUUGGGGGUUCUGUUAAAAAGAGAUUGAAAACCAUUGGUAAUUUUUAUUUUUAAUUUUGGGAAUUACGCUGUCUUGUUCACAAAGACGUGUGAAUGUGUUUCUGUCCAGACGGGUAUUUGUCUAAAUCAGCACUGUCCAAUAGAAACAUAAUGCAAACUACAAAUGUAAUUUAAAAUUUUCUAGUAGCCAUAUUAAUAAAAUAAUAGUUGAGAUUAAUAUAUUGUAUUUAACCCGAUAUAUCCAAACUAUCAUUUGAACAUACAAUCAAUAUAUAAAUUUUGGAGGUAUUUUACUUUUUUAUACUAACUCUUCCAAAUCUGGAGUGCAUUUACACCUACAGCCCACCUAAAUUUGGACUAGCCGCAUGUCAAGUGCUCAGUAGCACUAUGUGGCUGAUGGCUACUGUAUUGGACUCUACUGGUCUAGAUGUUAGUCUCACCUGACUUCACUGGUGGUAAAUGACCAUUGAGGCAGGAGGCAGCUGGAGCACUGACCUUGCCGCCAGUGGGUCCAGGUUCCAGAUCCAGCCCUGAGACCUUGCAAAAGUCUAGGCGUUGGGCCUCUCUCCUCUCCAUAUGCACGCUUGCAGGUAUGAAAUCUGAAGGUUCUCCGUGUGCGGUUGGACAGUCUGGCUCUCCUAGCCCAGAAAUCAAGAUGCCUAGCCUAGUUAGUAGUAGCCAGAAAAUUGAGAGCCCUCCACCCAGAGAUUUUUGUCCUUGGAGCCAAGGUUUUGGGCUGGGGAAGGGUGGUCUCUACACCCAGUUAGUGUGGGAGUUGACCCCCUUUUCUGUUUUUUAAUUGCCAAGUCCAGUGCUUUGGCCAUUAACCUCAAGUCCCUUUUCCUCCAGGGUCCACAUUUGUGAAUGGACCUGAGAGUCCUCCUAAAAGGUAAAGGAGACAGGAGAGGUGAAAAGCUCUGUGAACUAUCAAGUGCUGGGCACUGGAGGGAGAAAAGGUUUUAAUUUGUAAAGCGCCGCCAGAUCCCGAAGCCUGCUGGAGCGUCGUGGUAUGUAGCUGGGGGAGCGAGAGCGAUGGGGUGGGAAAGUGCACGCGUCUUCGCAACCUCGCCACCUCCUCUCCGUUGUCCCCUAGGACAUCAGGUGAGAUGAUGCCUGAGGUGGGGGUCUGUCCCCGGGGGGGGGGGGGGGGGGGAAGAGGGGAGGCCGGGAGGAGGGAACUGGUUGUGUGACGCGCGAGCCAGGCUGGAGAGACUGGGAGACGCGAGAGGUUGGGCUCGAGGCGUUGUAGACACCGCGGCCCCGAAGCGCGAGCACCACCCACCUGCCUGGAAUGGACGCUGCGCCGGCGAGGGAGCGCCGCUCCGGCUGCAACCACGGCCCCGGUCGCGGGCGGACCCUGCAGUCCGCGGGGCUCUGGAUCUUGAGAACAUUUCUCUGGAGCGUCUUGGAACAUUACAACUCCUAAGAAUCCCCAAACCGUGGAACAGCCCCCGUCUGGGGGCUCAGGGACGGGAGAUGAGUUUAUCUUUAUUUUUUUUCCUUCUUCUUCCUAUUAUGAAACUAGAAAAAUCGUUUUCCCCUCUCUGGGCCCUUCACCCCCAGCGUCGUGUGCAGGCGCCCCGGGGCUGUGCGUAAUUAGAUGCGUUCUUCCCUAAUUGCCCAAGGCUCGUUAGAAUUCGCCCCAGAGCUGUAACAUUUAUUUUCUUUCAAAUUAACUUUGCUUGCAAUUAAGCUUAGGAAACCAGCAACAAAAGCAGACUUGGCCUGAGGUCGUUUACUACGAAAAUGAAUCAGGGAACCCUUUCCCCAAUUUAAGGGGAAAGAUUCUUGCGGCCAGCAUUUGGGGAGAAGUGUCCGGGAGAGCAGAGAAGGAAGGGGAGCAGGAAGCUGCUAGCGGUGGAUGGAACCGGCUUUGGCCUUCUUCCCCAUCUCCGUGAUUUGUGUAUCGAGGAGCAUGAGUAACCUGUUGAAAUAAAUUCGGGACAGUUUGAGCUGAACUACACACUCCUAACAUGAAGCUAAUGUAUAUAGUUACAGUUUACCCAGCAGGGUUCAUAAACAUAAUCUCAUUUACUAAGAACUUUGUGAGAAUUUUCUUUUAUUAAAAAUUUUUAUUACAAAA